GGAGACGGGGGGUGGGGGGGCUGGGAGGAAGAUGGCGGCGGCUCGGGAGAAGGGGAAAGCUGUUGGGAAGGUUGUGAAGUCUGGUGAGUCCCAGUUCGUUCUGGGCUCCAUCGUCAGGAUCUUCAUGGAGAACUUUCUAACGUACACUCUCUGUGAAGUACAUCCAGGGCCCAACCUGAAUGUGGUUCUAGGUGCUAAUGGCACCGGCAAGUCAAGCAUUGUUUGUGCCAUCUGCCUGGGACUGGCUGGAAAACCGUCUUUCCUAGGGCGAGCUGAUAAGAUCGGUCUCUUUGUGAAGCAAGGGUGCAUGAAAGGCGUAGUGGAAAUUGAACUGUUUAAGUCACCAGACAAUAUUAUUAUCACACGUGAGAUUUAUGUGGUGAGCAAUGCAUCAGUGUGGUUUAUCAACAGAAAACCAGCAACCCUGAAAACAGUAGAAGAACAGAUUGCAGCCUUAAACAUCCAGGUGGACAAUUUGUGCCAGUUUCUUCCUCAGGACAAAGUUGGAGAAUUUACAAAACUGAGUAAGACUGAGUUGCUUGAAGCCACGGAAAAAUCCAUUGGUCCUCCGGAAAUGUACCAGUUUCAUUGUGAAUUGAAAAAUUUCAGAGAAAAGGAAAGAGAACUAGAGAACUUGUGCAGAGAAAAAACCACCUCACUGGAGAAAAUGAAACAGAGGGUUGAACGGUACAAGCAAGAUGUUGAAAGAUACCAUGAAUGCAAGCGCCAUGUAGAUUUAAUAGAGAUGCUUGAGAGGAAAAGGCCAUGGGUGGAAUAUGAAAAUGUUCGUGAACAGCAUGAAGAAGUGAAACAAAACCGAAACCAAGUUAAGAAAGAACUGAAGAGUCUGAAAGAAAUGCAUGCCCCGUGGACAAAAAAAAUCCAAGAAGCUGAAGAAAAUUUAAAGAAUCUGGAUAUGAAAACCAGAGAUAAUACUGCUGAAAUCAGAAAUAUUUCCCAGAAAUGCAAAGAGAAACAAGAUGCUUUGGAGAUGAAAGAUAAACAGAUUGAAGAAAUUAAUCAAGCAUUCAGAAUGAAAAAAGAUGAAGAAUCAAACAGGCAGAAGAAAAUAAACCAAACUCAAAAAAUAAUAGAGGAGUGGCAGAAUGAGCUGGAUACAAUGGCAGUCUGUGAGAAUCUUCAGCCACAAAUUGAUGCUGUUAAUACUGAGCUGAGAAGCCUACAAGAAGAAAGGGCAAAUAUUGAUAAUGAUGUCAGUGAUCUAAGAGCAGAAAAAAGCAACCAAGAGCGGGAAGAGAAAAGAAUAAUUGAUCGCCUUGGACAACUUAAUAAUAUAAUGCAUAUGAAGGAAGAGAACCUUAAAAUGAGAUUCCGAGACACACACUCUGCUCUUAUGUGGCUAAGAAACAACAAAGACAAGUUUAAAAAAAAAGUUUGUGAACCCAUGAUGCUUGAAAUCAAUGUGAAAGACAGUAGACAUGCAAAAUACAUUGAAAAUCACAUUUCGGCCAAUGAUAUGAAGGCUUUUGUUUUUGAGAGUCAAGAAGAUAUGGAAACAUUUCUGGUGGAGGUGCGUGAUCAUCAGAAACUAAGAGUGAAUGCUGUAUGUGCACCUGCUGAAUCAUGUGCUGAAAAUUUACCUUCAAGACCUAUUGAGGAAUUACACCCAUACGGGUUUUUUUCAUAUUUACGGGAGUUAUUUGAUGCUCCUCCCUCUGUGAUGAGUUACCUUUGUUACCAGUACCGUGUUCAUGAUGUUCCUGUGGGAACAGAGAGGACCAGAGACAUGAUUGAAAGGGUCAUAAAGGAAACCAAUCUGAGGCAAAUAUAUACAGCAGAAGAAAGAUACAUUAUUAAAUUAUCUUCUUACACAAAACAAAACCUCUCUAGUAACAUAUGCUUGAGGGAGGCACAGUAUCUCACUAGUUCAGUGGAUAUGGAUGAAAGAGGACAGUUGGAAAACCAACAACAGGACAUUGGUAAUACAUUAAAAUCCUUGGAUGCACGUUUGACUGCACUGUUUGACAGACAGAAACUUCUGGAACAAAAGGACAAUAAGCUCAGGCAAGAGAAGAAGGAGCUUUUAGAGAGAGGAAACCGGAGGAGGCAGUUGGAAUCAAAAAUUGGUGUGAAGUAUGAUAGUUUAAGACAGCUGGAACAAGAUGCUAUUGACCUAAAGAAGGAAUUUCAGUUGGCAAAUGUAAAGAUCAAAGCAAUAAAUAAACAGAAAGCAGAACUUGUUACUGAAUUGAUGCAUCUCAUAAAGAGGAUCAUACCACUGAACAUCGUCAAAGUAGCUUUGGCUCUUCAGAUGACCAAAGUAACUGCGGAGAAGAACAGACUACAGUCAGAGUACAAAGCAGGAACUGUACAGCUAAGAGCUGCACAGCAACGUUUUCAUGAACUGGAUAAUAGGAAGCAACUUCUUUAUGAGAAAUGCAUGGAACUGAUGAAACAAGCUCGGCAUGUCUGCAGAUUGGGUCCAGAUCAAGAUUUUCCAGAAGAAUUUCAAGUUGCUUUUCAGACUCUUCCAGACACAUUGGAGGAAAUUGAUGCUUUUCUGAAUGAAGAGAAAACCAGGGCUUCCUGUUUCACAGGCCUCAGUGCUUCCGUUGUUGAAGAAUACAAUAAGCAAACACAAGAAAUACAGCAGUUGACAGAAUUUCUAGAGGAAAAGAAAAAUGAGUUGAGUAACUAUAAGCAAAACAUUUCACAGGUUAAAGAAAAGUGGCUAAGCCUCUUGAAGGUGAUGAUUGAACAAAUUAAUGGAAAGUUCAGUAGGUUCUUUAGUUCUAUGCAGUGUGUUGGUGAAAUUGAUCUUCAUAUGGAAAAUGAGGAGGAGUACGAGAAGUAUGGAAUCCGCAUUAGAGUCAAAUUCCACAGUAGCUCUGAACUUCAUGAAUUGUCUCCGUAUCAUCACAGUGGAGGUGAAAAAACUGUUUCCACUAUGUUAUACCUGAUGGCUAUGCAAGAACUCAACAGAUGUCCUUUCAGGGUUGUUGAUGAAAUAAAUCAGGGAAUGGAUCCAAUGAAUGAGAGAAGAGUUUUUGAAAUGGUUGUGGGAACGGCUUGUAAAAAAAGGACAUCUCAGUACUUCUUCAUUACACCAAAGCUCCUGCAGAAUCUCACUUACAAUAGCAAGAUGACUCUGCUGUUUGUCUACAAUGGACCUUUUAUGCUGGAGACAUACAAAUGGAACUUGAAGCGCAUCAAGAGACGGCAACGGCGGCUUACAAGGAUGAAUGAAUAGUGGUAUAUAGCUAUAGAAACAUAGUUCUACAGAAAUAUUUUGUAGAUCUUUCUUGAAACAUCUGGCUUUCAAGAAUUCAGAAAUUUUCAGAGAGGAAAACCCUCAAUGAACUGAUAAUUGAGAACUUUGGUUCUUAAAACUUACACAUAUGUUUGACAGAUUUGAAGUGCAUGAUUUUCUUUUUCAAGUCUUUCAUAGUGGUCACUUUCUCCAAGUAACCUACUUUUCUCAGUAGUAGGUUUAAAUAAAAAAUUUCUUUUUUUUUA